AUGGCGAAGCGUUUCGAAGGGCUUGUGAGGACGGACGAAAGGUUUGAGGUUGUGGUGCCUAGGAAUUUUGCUUUGGUGUGUUUUAGGAUUUCACCUUCCGCAAUUAGCAGGGCUAAUCCAACUCCAAGUGAUGAGAAAUGUGUAAACGAAGUGAAUUGCAAGUUGCUGGAGGUGAUCAAUGGGUGUGGUCGGGUGUACACGUCUCAUGCUGUGGUUGGAGGGAUGUAUGUGUUGCUUUGCGCCAUUGGAGCAAGUCUCACUGAGGAAAAGCACGUAGCCAUGGCUUGGAAGGUGGUGCAAGAACAUGUAGAUGUCAUCCUCUCCCUCACCAUGUAUUAA